UUAAGGUGGUGUGUAUUAUUGCUAGGCGUCUGGUUAAAAACCGCACAGUGAAAAGGCUCGACAUUGGUUGAUUUGUUUCUCUGACAAGCUUUGGAGUAAACAAGCGUAGCUGACAGAGGCAGUGAGGACCAUCACCCAGAUUCUCUGUAUCUGAAGACCAACCUCUUGCCACACAGCUGUAAAACGAUGUCGGUAUGGAUUUUCUCCUCAGCGUUCAAAGGGGCAAUAGCAGCAAGUACUUGCAUUGGAGACCAAAUUCUACAUUGCUUCUGAUUCAGAGACGGAGUCUGAGCUUUCUGAGCCGGGGCAUGUUCUGCAGUUCUGCGUUUCCCCUAUGUUUCUGUGUGAUUGGAGCUCGGAAGCAUUUACACAGACCUGAGCACUGAACUAUGCGUCCACUAGCAGCACUCUGUUUCCUCUGUGGUUUCUUCCUUGCAUCAACUCUCAGUGAAUUUCUUGGUUGCAUCCCAAGGAAAACGGUUCCCUACCAUGUAGGUGGCAAUAUCAAGCUGUUUAGAGAGGAUGGUGUGUGGAAUUAUUCCACUAUGCUUCUGCGGGAGGACCUGGGUUUGCUGUUCCUGGGGGCACGGGAGGCUAUCUUUGCCCUGGACAUUAAUGACAUAUCCAGCAAGAAGACCCAGGUUUACUGGAAUGUCACAGAGGAGAAACAGAGAGAAUGCACUUACAAAGGAAAAAAUGCUGAUACUGAAUGCCGUAACUACAUUCGGGUCCUGCAUAAAAUGGAUGACAACAGAAUGUAUGUUUGUGGAACAAAUGCGUUCAGCCCAAUCUGUGAUUACAUGACAUAUGCUGAAGGACAGCUGAAGCUGGAAGAAACACAGGGGGAAGGAAAAGGAAAAUGUCCCUUUGACCCUUUCCAGAGGCACUCCUCAAUCAUGAUUGAUGGAGACUUGUACUCUGCCACUGCCAUCAACUUCCUGGGAUCUGAGCCAGUAGUGCUACGCAGUUCUCUCACUGCAAUACGCACUGAAUUCAAGAGCUCCUGGCUCAACGAGCCCAUCUUUGUCCACAUGGAUGUGGUCCGGGAGAGCGAGGAUAGCUCUGAUGGGGACGAUGAUAAGGUCUACAUGUUCUUCAGCGAGAACGCUGUGGAGUACGACUUCCCCAGUAAACUGAUGGUGUCACGUGUUGCCCGCGUCUGCAAGGGAGAUUUGGGUGGUCAUCGGACACUACAGAAGAGGUGGACAUCAUUCUUGAAAGCCCGCCUAGACUGCUCUGUCCCAGAGCGCAGCCUUCCCUAUAUCGUGCAAGAUGUCUUCCUGUUGCAGCACAGCGACUGGAGAAAAAGUAUCUUCUAUGCUGUGUUCACUCCACAAUCGGGCUCUUCAGAUGUGUCAGCGGUGUGUGCAUACAGUGUACCAUCCAUUGGAAAUGUGUUCUCCAAAGGGAGGUACAAGACACCAGUCACAGUGGAGACCUCCCACAUGAAGUGGGUGAUGUACAGUGGAGAGUUGCCCGUUCCCCGACCUGGAGCUUGUAUUAAUGAUGCAGUGAGGAAACUGGGCAUAGAGAGCUCCCUGGGACUGCCGGACAAGACACUGCAGUUCGUCCGGGACCGACCACUCAUGGAUGAGGUCGUGCAGCCUCUGAAUGGGGGACCACAGCUGUUGAAGAAGGGGUCCAUGUUCACUCGUAUUGUAGUGGACCGUGUGACAGCACUGGACGGGCAGAGCUAUGAUGUCAUGUUCAUCGGCACAGAGAACGGCUUUGUGCAGAAAGCUGUGAACUAUGAUGGCGAAAUGGUGAUCAUUGAAGAGGUGCAGCUGUUCCAGUCCCCAGAGCCUGUGAAAAUCCUGCGUCUCUCCUCCAACACGAGCCAGCUGUAUGCAGGAUCUGAGACUGGCGCUGUGCAGUUGGCGCUGAGUGAGUGUGGUCGCUACACCUCCUGUCUGGACUGUGUCCUCGCCAGAGACCCCUACUGUGCCUGGGACUCCACUGCUGCUGCCUGCACUGCUCUGUCCAGCCCACGCUCAACCUCAAACACGGACCUGAUUCAAAGUGUGAAAGAUGGAAAUGCUUUCCUGUGUCCAAAACCAGUUAUUGUGAAACCUGAGAACUACACACUGAUCCCAGGAAGCAAUAUCAAUCUUCGGUGCCAGCCUGACUCCAACCUGGCUCAGAUGCACUGGUACUUCAAUAACAAGCCAGUAAACACCUCAGACACCAAGUACUUCUUGUAUAGCGAGGGGAUAAUGAUCCUGGAUGUCUCUGCUGCUGAUGAAGGCCAGUACAGCUGCCAGGCUGUGGAACAGGUGAAAGGCCAACAGUACCCCAGAACUGUGGCAGUGUACCACCUGCAGUCCAGAAUUGAAGCCACAGAGCCUCCCCCAACAGUGUUGCCCACAAAGGGUCCAGUUGUUACCCCAGAGGUGACACCAGACCGAGGACCAACACGGGGCGAGGAGUCUCCUCUCCUUCCACAGUCAUCCAGUGAACAUGGCAAGCUUGUGGCCUUGCAGGUGUCUGUGGCUUUGGUGUCAUUGCUGCUGGUUUCUCUGCUUCUGUGGAAUGUGCACCAAGGACACUUCUCUCUGCUUCGGUGCUUUGGUGCCAGGUCGGCAAGAAGGUCAGGGCUCGGACAAGCACAGAGCCCGUCUGCAAACUCUCACCAGGUGCCCUUUCAAGCUAAGGUGUCCUCAGAGGACAAACUACUGGUAACGCCGUCAAACUGCAACACCAGUAAUAAUCAUUCCAGCGGAGACUCUGCUGGCAAUAGGAACCACUGCCUUUCUCCCAGAGUCGUUUCCCCAAUGGAUGUCUUCAAGUACAUUAAUGAUGAAUCUGAGAUUUGAUCUGUUCCUGAUGGAGUGUUCUCAGGAAAAGGGCAGCUUAUUAAAAGGACAACCAUUUCAUGUGCUGUGUGAUGAGAAUUUAUUCACUAUUUUGUGUUACCUUCAUGUUUUAUGUACAAAAAUGUAUGUGCAAACCUUACACAAAAAAUAUGCACAGGUACCCAGAGGCAGUUUGACAUGACAUAAUCCUGAAUGCAAAAACAUGACAGUGUUGUAGCUGAAGAGUUUGAAAUACCACAUGUACAACAGGUAACAAAGUAGCGGAGUUAAAUAAGAUUGCAUCAUCAUAGAAAAUUUUGUUACCAGAGACAUGAAUAACUUGGCCUUUACUGAAAUAUGUUC